AUGACUGGAUAUACGAUGUUGCGGAAUGGGGGAGUGGGGAACGGAGGCCAGCCGUGGGUGUUGAGAUGGUCCAGUCGGAUACGGCUCACCUGGCUUAGUUUCACCCUCUUCGUUAUCCUCGUCUUCUUUCCCCUCAUUGCCCACUACUACUUAACCACCAUCGAUGACGCCGACGAUGCCGGCAAGCGCAUCUUUGGCCCUCGGACCGGCAACGAGCUGUGCGAGGUGAAGCAUGUGCAAGACCUGUGCCGUAUCCGCGAGUCGGUCAGCGAGGAGCUGCUCCAGCUGGAGGCCAAGCGGCAGGAGCUCAACAGCGAGAUCGCCAAGCUCAACUUGAAGAUCGAGGCCUGCAAAAAGAGCAUUGAAAAUGCCAAGCAGGACCUGCUGCAGCUGAAAAACGUCAUCAGCCAGACCGAGCAUUCCUACAAAGAGCUGAUGGCUCAGAACCAGCCCAAGCUCUCCCUGCCCAUCCGGCUGCUGCCAGACAAAGACGAUGUGACCUUCCCCCUGCCAAAAUCCAACCGGAACUGCAGGCUACACAACUGCUUUGACUACUCGCGCUGCCCGUUGACGUCUGGCUUUCCAGUCUAUGUCUACAACAGUGACGAUUACCCUUUUGGUAGCUCCUUGGACCCUUUAAUUAAACAAGCCUUUGAGGCGACUGUCAGAACUAACGUUUAUGUUACUGAAAAUGCAAAUAUUGCUUGUGUGUAUAUAAUUUUAGUGGGAGAAAUGCAAGAGCCCGUAAUGCCAAAACCUACUGAACUAGAGCAACAGUUGCACUCUUUGCCAUAUUGGAGGACUGAUGGACAUAACCAUCUCAUCAUCAAUUUGUCGAGGAAAUCGGAAACCCAGAACUUCAUUUACAACAUCAGCACGGGGCGCGCCAUGAUUGCCCAGUCCACCUUUUACGAUGUGCAGUAUCGACCGGGGUUUGAUAUUGUGGUAUCGCCUCUGGUCCAUGCUAUGUCUGAACCCAACUUCCUAGAAAUCCCGCCCCAGGUGCCAGUCAAGCGUAAAUACCUGUUUAGUUUCCAGGGGGAGAAGAUCGAGUCUCUCCGAUCUAGCUUGCAGGAGGUUCGCUCUUUCGAAGAGGAAAUAGAAGGCAAUGCCCCAGCUGACUACGACGAUCGGAUCAUCACCACCUUGAAGGCUGUUCAGGACAGCAAGUUGGACUUUGUUUUGGUGGAGUUCACGUGUAAGAACCAGCCUAAGGUGAGUCUGCCCACUGAGUGGGCUCUGUGUGGAGAAAGGGAUGACAGGCUAGAGCUACUGAAGCUAUCUACUUUUGCACUGAUAAUCACCCCGGGGGACACCCGUUUAGUGAUCUCCGCCGGGUGUGCCAUGAGACUGUUUGAGGCUCUGGAAGUUGGAGCCAUCCCGGUGGUUCUCGGAGAGCAAGUUCAGCUACCCUAUAACGAUGUGAUCCAGUGGAACGAGGCAGCGUUAAUCAUACCAAAGCCACGUAUCACAGAAGUGCACUUUCUUCUGAGAAGCAUUUCUGACAACGAUCUCCUUGCCAUGAGGAGGCAGGGCCGCUUCUUGUGGGAGACCUACUUCUCCACCUCUGACAACGUGUUCAGCACAGUCUUAGCCAUCAUAAGGACUCGAAUCCAAAUCCCAGCUGCUCCUAUCCGAGAAGAAACUGCCGUGGAGAUUCCCCAUCGGUCUGGCAAAGCUGCUGGUACAGACCCCAAUAUGGCAGACAACGGUGACCUGGACUUGGGGCCUGUGGAAACUGAACCACCCUAUGCAUCUCCCAAAUAUCUCCGCAAUUUCACCCUCACUGCAAUGGACAUCUACAGGAAUUGGAAUUCUGCUCCGGGGCCUUUCCACCUCUUCCCCUACACUCCCUUUGACCCUGUUUUACCAUCAGAAGCAAAAUUUUUGGGGUCUGGGACUGGAUUUCGACCGAUUGGUGGAGGAGCAGGUGGCUCCGGCAAGGAGUUCCAGGCUGCCUUGGGUGGCAACAUCCCCCGGGAGCAGUUCACAGUAGUGAUGUUGACUUAUGAGCGGGAGGAAGUGUUGAUGAACUCCCUAGAAAGGCUCAAUGGUCUCCCGUACUUAAAUAAAGUUGUGGUAGUGUGGAACUCUCCCAAGCUUCCCUCCGAGGAUCUCUUGUGGCCAGACAUUGGCGUCCCAAUCAUG